CUCUUGCUGGUGUCCCCACCUACAUUUUCCUCGUGCUAAGAUACUUCUUCUUCCUGUUAUGAACAAGCUCGCCCGCCGACUCCCGUCCCAUCACUUUCCCUCGCGACUUCCCACUCCACCGAGAAGCAUGCUGGGCAGCAUGCCGCAGACACGCUCCGCCAAAGCGAUCCUCAGCCAUCAAGACCGCACCGCCAACGAACCCCGGGAGAAGGAGUUGCACACUGCCACGCUUACCAAGGUGACGCCUGUCAACGACCGUAUCAAGCGCUUCGUAUUCGAAAUCAAGGACAAGAACGGCUUCAACUUCCUCCCUGGCCAAUGGCUUGACGUCUUUGUGCCUGACGUAGAAAAGGCAGGUGGCUUCUCCAUUACCUCUUCGCCUUCCGAGGCGCUGCCACGAGCGGACCCUGAGCACAAACCAUACUUUGAGUUGGCGGUGCAGAAGAGCCCAGACAACCCUCCAGCAGCAUGGUUAUGGAAGCCAGCCGAGGAAAUCAUCGGAGGUGAGGUCAAGGUGCGAGUAGGCGGAAGCUUUGUGUGGCCACCGCCGUGCCUUGACAUGAAGAAGAUCAAACGCGCCAUCUUCAUUGCCGGGGGAGUGGGCAUCAACCCAAUGAUGUCAAUGAUGACCUAUAUAAACCAGAAUUACCCCAACCUCGAAGUGCGCUUCCUAUACUCGACAAAGGUGCCAUCACGCGAAACAGAUCCCAGUGAAGUGCUCUUCCUCCAGGACGUGCUUGGCCUCUUCCGCAUACCCCGAUUCAAGGUGACCAAAGACCGGCUUGAACUCUUCUUCACGGGCACAUGGGAUGGGUCUGAAAUGGGCACAAACGAAGGGGACCUCAUACAUCCGCUAAUGUCUCUGACGCUGCCGCAAAUUGACUCUGCCACGGAAGUGCCUGUUUGCGCAUGGACGCACCGCAUCGAUGACAUAGCUCUGUCGAGCGCAGUAGGCAACCGGAAAGAGGCGCAAUCGACCGUCUUCUAUGUGUGCGGGCCGCCUGCCAUGGCGGACGAGAUGGUGGAGUUCAUCAAGGGACAGGAAAACGUGGAUCCGCAGAGGGUGCUGUGCGAGAAAUGGUGGUGAUGGGAUGGGAUGGAUUAGAAUGGACCAAGGCAAUGAUAGUGAUAGGGCCGCAUGUGGGAAUUGUGGGGAAGGCGAUCGGGACUUGGGGAGUUUGCAUACGCAGUGGUUCCAUCGCGGCAAGCGCUAUUGUAUGUACGAUGCUCACACCAUUAACUGUAUUUUACGCGCCCACAAAGGCCGCAAAAUCGUCAUGGCUCGUGAUGGACGGGCAGGAUGCUCCACUCUGCAAAGCUUGUUGCGCAACCCUGAGUGCGCAUUUUGCUCUAGGCUCGACACAAGAGCUAGGGUCGCCGUGUCGGCGCAUGGUGUAGUACAUAGACAAGUAUGCCGUGUGGCGGCACAGCAAGCGAUCGCUUAUGUAGACAUGUCAGAGUGUAGUGUAUGCAGUGCAACCCCGCGGUCAAGUGCUCGA